UCAGCAAGCCCCUCCCCCUGCUCCUGCCAGGGCUGCCCCAGAAUCCUGGCUACUGCACCACCACCGACCCCAGAGGGGUCCCACCCCGUCCUGUGUAACCAAUGCGAGGGGCCUCCUGGCUUGUCUGAGCCUUUGCCAGGCAGCAUCCUCUGUCUCAAGCUGCAACAACCUGUCAGAGCCUCGAAUCCAGCAGCUGGGGGUGGUGGGUAAAUAUUGUCCUGGCUGCGUCCCCAGCCCCAGCCAGAGACCUGACACGUCCCUUGUUUACCCCGGAUCAAAGCGAAGCUCCGGCUCCAGAGUGUAUAUCAGCGCAGAGCAGGCUGGUCUCCAGCACAGUGCGUGGGGGAGAGGGAGGAAGAAGGACCCAGAGAGGGGGUGACGUGUGUGUGUCCCCUUGUGUCUGCCCGUCUGCCUGCACCCCAGGAAUGGGGGCCCCAGUAACCCCGGCCUGCCUGCUGCUCCUCCUGCACCUCACAGCUGGGACGUCUGCAGAGCCGCACUAUGUGGUGGUGAGCCCAGCCGUACUCUACCACCCGCACACGGGGACGGUGUCAGUUCAUCUCAGCGACCUCAACGAGACCGUCCGGGUGAGCAUCCGGCUGGAGAGGGGGGAUGGGCUCAGCGCUAUCACCCUGCUGGAGAGAGAGGUCCAGGAGCCCCGUCUGCACGAGAACGUGCGCUUCCAGGUUCCAGCCCCAUCCAAGGGGCAGCAGGAAGUGGCAGAGCUGCACGUCUCAAUCUGGGGAGAUGCCCUGCAGUUCUCUGAGCGGAAGAAAGUGCUGCUGCAGGCGUUGCAGCCCGGGACCUUUGUGCAGACGGACAAGGCCGUCUACAAGCCGGGACAGACAGUGAAGUUUCGAAUCCUCAGUUUGGACGUAAACUUUGUUCCCAGUACCCGGAAGCUGACCCUGGUGACCGUGCAGGAUCCCAGCGGGAACCGCAUUGCCCAGUGGCGAGACGUGACUCCGCAGCAGGGCAUCGUGGAUCUGUCCCUCCCACUGUCUGCAGAGACGGCUGUGGGGACGUACGCCAUCAACAUUCAGAGGACGUGGCACUCGUUCAGCGUGGAGGAAUACGUGCUGCCCAAGUGUGACGUGACCCUCGAGCUGCCCACCGUGGUGAUGGUGCUGGAUGAGACGAUCCUGCUGCAAGUCUGCGGCCGAUACACCUACGGGAAGCCAGUCCUCGGGAGGGUCCAGGCCAGCCUUUGUCGGCAACAUUACUCCAUGUUUUAUUCUGAUACCGACCAAGGUGGGGAUCUGUGCGUAGAGCUGACAGGCCAGACUGACCGAAAUGGCUGCUUUUCCAGAGAGGUGGGGACGGCUCCCUUCAACCUGACCCACUCUGGCUACGAGAUGAGUCUCCAGGCCAAGGCCUCUCUAGUGGAGGAGGGGACAGGGGUGGAGCUCAACGCAACCAAGAGCUGUGACAUCGUGUCUGAAAUCGCUACGGUGACCUUUGAGGACGAUGACAAUACCUACAAGGCUGGAAUCCCCUACACUGGCAAGAUGCUCCUGAAGGCGGCAGAUGGCUCUGUGCUGAAGAAUGAGAAGCUGCAGCUCUUUGUUAGCUAUGGGGAUAAGAAUAAGAACCAGACCUUCCUGACCGAUGAGUCUGGCAGAGCCUCCUUUGAGCUGGACACCUCCAGCUGGACCGGGAGCGUCAAUCUGAGGGGGCACUUCAAGCAGGUGGAUGGCAACUCUUUGAAUGGGAGAGACUAUCCCAGUUACCGGGAUGCCGAUCGUCACCUGGAGCCCUUCUACUCCAAGAGCCAAAGUUUCCUAAAGAUCCGCUCGCUGGGAGGCGUGCUGUCCUGCGACCAGGCCCAGCAGCUCCAGGUCGAUUACGUCAUUGCUCGGGAGGCCCUAGGGAACGGGUCCAGGAGCCUGGAUUUCAUCUUCCUGGUCGUGGCCAAGGGAGCCAUCGCCAGGAUCCUCCAGAAGGGGCUGGAUCUCAGGGAGUGGGCUGGGCUGAAGGGCUCCUUCUCCGUGGAGCUGCCCGUCGGCGCUGACCUGGCGCCCGCUGCCAUGGUGCUGGGUUACACGGUGCUGCCCGAUGGUGAGAUGGCUGCCGACCGCGCCCGGCUGCACAUGGCCAAGUGCCUCCCGAACAAGGUGAAGCUGGCCUUCUCGCAGGACCGGGCCCUGCCGGGCUCAGAGCUCCAGCUGCGGGUGCAGGCUGCCCCCGGGUCCCUGUGCGCCGUCCGCGCCGUGGAUCAGAGCGUGCUGCUCAUGAAGCCCGAGGCCGAGCUCAGCAUCGAUAGGGUCUAUAACUUGCUCCGCAAUUUUCCCCACGGAGGCUAUCCCACUGCAGAUCAAGUGACUCUGCAAUAUGAUUGUCCACACAUAAGUAAGGGAGUGCCUGGACACACAGGACCUCAAGGAGUGCCUGGACACAGAGGAGAACGAGGAGAGGCUGGACAAGCAGGACGUCCAUUUCUUAACUUCCGUGAGGCUCGUUACCAGAGGCGGCGCAGAGGGACUAGCAGCUAUAUCCCCCCUCAGCCUGACGCCUACAACCUGUUUAAGGAUGUGGCUUUGGAAAUUCUCACCAACACCAAGAAGCCCUGUGAACAUGGAGAUUUUUCUUUACCUUUAGAUUUGAUAGGCCAGGGUGGCUGGCCUUGCCCUGCAUUGUCCUCACCAGUCAUGGCACCUAAGAACGUGGAGGCAGGUGUGGAUAUUGCAGCAGGGACCCCAGUGAGCAAUGCCCGGCCCAUGCCGGAACCCAGCACCCAGGAGGAGCCAGCGCCACGUGCGUAUUUUCCAGACACGUGGCUGUGGGACCUGGUGCCUGUGGGCGAGGGGGGCUCCAAGGACGUCCCAGUCUCGGUGCCCGACAGCAUCACAGAGUGGAAAGCUGGGAUGUUCUGCACGGCCGAGGUGGGCUUUGGGCUCUCGCCCAUGGCCACCUUCACAGCCGUCAAACCCUUCUUUGUGGAGCUGGCCUUGCCGUACUCUGUGAUCCAGGGAGGGGCCUUUGCCCUAAAGGCCACUGUCUUCAACUACCUGCGGCAGUGCAUCAAGGUGCGAGUGACGCUGGCGGAGUCUGCGCAGUUCCAGGUGCAGGCGGCCGAGGACGGCGCGUACACCAGCUGCCUCUGUGCAGAUGAAGGGAAAACCUUCCAGUGGGAGGUGACGGCGAGCAGCCUGGGGGAGGUGAACUUCACCGUCAGCACCGAGGCUUUGCACACCGAAGAGCUGUGCGGCACAGAGCUGGCCGUGGUGCCGGCUCAGGGGCGAGUGGACACCGUGAUAAAGCCCCUGCUGGUCCAGCCUGGAGGGAUCCUGGAGGAGAAGGCGCACAGCUCCCUGCUCUGCCAGGAAGCGUCCGAAGAAAUCUACUUGCAGCUGCCAGCGAACGUUCUGAUGGGGUCCGAACGGGCUCACGUGACUGUCGUGGGAGACAUAAUGGGCACGUCUCUUCAGAACAUAGAACGCCUGCUGGCCAUGCCCUAUGGCUCUGGAGAGGAGAACAUGGUCUGGUUCGCUCACAACAUCUACACCCAGCAGUAUCUGGAGAAGAGCGAGCAGCUGAGCCCGGAGAUCAGAGACAAGGCCCAGGGAUUCCUCCAGAGCGGCUACCAGCGCGAGCUGCUCUAUAAACACAACGACGGCUCUUACAGCGCCUCUGGGAAGAGCGAUGUCACGGGCAACACCUGGCUGACGGCCUUCGUUCUCAAGUCCUUCGGCCAGGCCAGGCCCUAUAUCUCCAUUGAUGAGAAGCACCUAGAGGACGCCCUAGGGUGGCUGCAACGUCACCAGCAGGAGACCGGCUGCUUCCGCAGUGUGGGGUAUCUGUUGAACAACGCCCUGCAGGGCGGCGUGGUGGACGAGCUCUCUCUCUCUGCUUACAUCACGGCAGCGCUGCUGGAGCUGGGGCAGCCGCUCACGGACCCCAUGGUGACCAGGGCCCUCCAGUGCCUCCGGGAGUCGAGCACCAGCGACCUCUACACGCAGGCGCUGCUGGCCUACACCUUCGGGCUGGCGGGGAGCACUGAGCUGCGGGGCGCCCUUCUGCAGAGCCUGGCCCAGCACAGCGUCAGCGCCGGGGGACAGCUCUACUGGCAGAGGAAGGUGAAGGCCCUUCCCAGCCCCUAUGGGAACCAGGCCCCGUCGGCGGAGGUGGAGAUGACGGCUUACGUGCUCCUGGCCUAUCUCUCCCUGCCCAACGUGUCUGCUGCCGACAUGGUGACCGCCACCCAGAUCAUCCGCUGGCUCAGCAAGCAGCAGAACCCCUACGGGGGCUUCGGCUCCACGCAGGACACGGUGGUGGCCCUGCAGGCCCUGGCCAAAUAUGCAUUCCUGACGUACAGCACGAGCGGGGCUGUGUCGGUGACGGUGAGCUCCCAGGCUGGGGCCCUGCAAUUCCACGUGGAGAACGCCAACCGGCUAGUGCUGCAGCGAGCGGCCCUGCAGGAGAUCCCUGGGCAGUACACGCUGCGGGCCAGCGGCAAGGGCUGUGUCUUUGUGCAGCUGACUCUGCGCUACAACAUGCUGCCCCCAAAGAGUGCCACGACCUUUGACCUGCGGGUGGAGACGGAGCCGAAGGAGUGCACCGAGAGUGCCAGAUCCCGCUUCAGCCUCGUGCUGCACGCCUGGUACGAGCCCCAGCUCCCCACCCCCACUGGGUCCGAGCACCCGGGGGCAGGGGCAGGCCCCAGGCAGCGGGGAAAUGGCCAGGGCAGAGCUGCCGAACUGCAGGGACGGGAUGGGGCGGGGCAGGAAUCAAUCGCCGGGGGAUCCAUCCCCCCACAGGGCUCGGGGCAGAGGCAGGAGGCCCUUGGAAAGUGCCAGGGACUAAAGGGCUGGUCCCGGGGCUGA